AUCAAAGUUAAGAAUAAAUACAAGUUUUAAGUUAUCCGGACAAACUUCAACUGCCCUUAUCCUUACAGUGCAGUUGGAUUUGGCCUUAUUGAAAGACGUGUUAUUAAUCGCGUCAAAUAAAGUUUAAGCUAAGUACUUACUUAAUAUAAAAAUAUUAAUUGUGUGAUUCUGAAAUAUUUAUAUGCAUGAUGCAUUAUGUUGCAAAUAGAAUUAAUAUAUCUUCUAGUUAAUUAAAUUCAUGCUCCACGGAUAUAUCUGGAUUAAGCUUGAAUAUUAUUAUUAUUUCUAAUUUAGUAUGUACUUGUGUCGUUAGUUGUAAAUAGAGCGCCCAGCGAUUAGACUGUAUAAUGCUCUAAUCACCGCACCUUUAAAGUACAAUUCCAAAAUCCCAACAAUUAUUACGAUCAAUGAAAAAAAGUUACAAUAGACCAAACUUCCAGUAAAAUCCGGACGCGAAAUUCAACCAGAUUCACGACCAUUAUAAUUAUAAAAAAAUACGUCAAACUUUUUGUCUGCUCUGCAUUUGAUGUAAUGAUUAUGAAUUCCCAGACUCCGUGCAUGCUCGGAUCUAAAUAUUUCGAUCUCAUGUUAGCACAUUGUCUCUUUUCGACGAAAUGGAUGUGAUUAAUCGGACUACUUUAAUCGGGACCUGAAUUUGCACCAUCCAUGUCCACCACCUCCCAUGCAUGAACAUAAUUCAUUCAUAACUAAAAGCUCAUGAACGGACUUUGGGUGAAAUUUAUUUAGGGGAUAUUUAUUUAGUGUAGGGUUGAUGGAAGUUGGCGUCAUGAAUUUAAAAAUUAGAUGCAACGUCAGGAUAAGUAGUCUAUAAAAUAAGUUGGUUAUGAGUUACGACUGUCAGUUGUGAUUUAGCAUUUUAAAGGACACUUUAUUCAAAAGUUCUGUGCUGUACAGAAUUUAUAUUUGUUGUCGUAAAUGCUAGAUACUAAAAUGUGGAAUAUGUACAGAAUCAGCAAAUUGUUGUGCUGAAUAUUUAACUUGACAUUGCGUAAUACAGCAAAAGCUAUUACAUUGAUAUUUUAAAGCGAGGUUGGGGUGAAGAAUGACACUUUCAGCUUCUUCCACUUUGUCAGAUAAGAUCAAAAGGUGGAGAAAUGUAGGGAAGUCAAGAGGCGAAUCAGGUCAGGACCAGAGCGAUGAGGUCGACGAAUUAGGAAAAGUUUGGUGGUACGAGUCAGUCUCCGUUUUGUCUGUGUGUGCACCCUGCAUUUCAUGUGGGAGUUUUUUGGGAUACACUUCGUCAGCGGUGCCAUCAAUGAUAAAAGAUGUCGCAACGUUUGGAGUAUUGAAUUCCCAUCAAAUUGCACUCAUUGGUGGGCUAGGGCCUCUUGGCGCAAUACUUGGAAGCAUAAUCUCUGCAAUUCCCCUCAAAUACGUUGGACCACGAAGGACCAUUGCUCUCUUAGGAAUCUCGAUGUUGAUAUUGUCUUGGGUGACGAUUGGGAUGUCACACGGCAUUGUUCUCGUAUACGUGGGAAGGUUUUUGGGAGGAGUUGGAGUCGGUGCUACAAUAUCCAGCGCGCCGCUCUAUGUAAUGGAUAUUUCAUGCAUUCAACGAAGAGGCCGAUUGGGUAUAAUGCCUCAGUUUCUAAUGAUCUCAGGAAUACUUAUUUCCUACAUAUUGGGUGCUUUUCUUAAUUGGAGCAAUCUUUCUCUCGUCGCGUGCACAUUUCUCAUCCUCGCAGCAAUCCUCAUCGCUUUUGCUCCUGACUCGCCAAAGUGGCUCAUUACUAAUGGGAAGUGUGAACAAGGGUUCAAGGUUCUGGAGAAAAUUCAUGGGACUGUAGCUGCCAAAGUGAUUGCCUUAAAUAUGGAAAACACCUCACAAACGAUUUCGAGCAAUCCACAAGGGGAAGAAAUUUGGAAAAGUAAAGCAACUUAUAAAUCCAUCCUUGUGUGCCUCGUAGUCAUUUCUAUACAACAGUUAACAGGUGUGAACGGGAUCACAUUCUUUGCUACAUCUAUAUUUGACCGAUCCUCCUCAUCCACUACUUCGAGUGGUCACUUGUCCUCAAUAAUUCUGGCAACAACGCAGUUAAUCGCCUCAUUUAUGUCUACAUUUUUCGUGGAGCGUUUUGGACGCACCUUUCUAUUGAAGAUAUCUUCCGCUACAUUAACUCUCUCCAGCCUUACACUUGGGACAUAUUUUUAUCUGCUUGUGGACAAUACCGAUUUUCUCUGGCUCCCUCUCACCGCGCUUGUAAUCUUCGCCUUUGGUUUUGCAAUUGGUCUGGGUCCCGUCACAUGGAUCAUUGUUGCAGAAAUUCUCCCACAACAAGUGCGAAACCUGAUCAAUCCACUAAUAAUUGGGUACAAUUGGUUUUGCGUGUUCCUCGUAACAACGUCAUUCCCUUACUUGAAGGAAGAAAUCUACUAUUUUGGAGUAUUCUGGCUGUACGCUGCGGUUGCAGGUCUGGGUUUCAUUUUUAUUUGCAUAUUUGUUCCAGAAACAAAAGGUCAGACUUCCGAACAGAUCCAGUUGGGUUUCUCGGGCAAACAAAAAAUGCAAAAUGCAUUUCGGUUAUUUCGGUAUCGAAGUAGUGUAAUUUAAUUUAAUUAAAGUUAUUAAUAGUAUAAUUUAUUUAUAACAAAUGAUAUUUUACAUAACUUAUAUUUACAAAUAUUCUGAACAAAUAUUUCAUAUGUGUU